AAGGAGCCAAUAAUUGCCAUCUUGGCUCACGCGUCAGCAAAACCAAGAGUCCCUUUCUCUCCUCCGUACCGUACUCGGUCAAGGGCAAGGCUAGGAUUCCUCCUCACAUGCUUGCUCUUCUGUCUUCUCCUCCUCUUCGGUUCUUCCCCCCUCUCCUGUGUGUGAUCCCCCAACUCUCUGUCUCUCUCUCCGUCUCUAGGGUUUUAGCUCCCCAUUCCAUUCCCCCACCGCCAUUUCCAUCGGAUCACUUCCGCUGCCUCUCCCCACCCACCGCCGCCGCACAGAUCGCACCACCCAAACCUCCAGCGCCGCCACCUCCGCUUCCCUGACCCCCUUCGUAGCCCUGCGCAAAUCCCACCCUGUUCGUCCAUUCCUUCCGAAAAGAUCGGCUUCUCUCGGGUCUCCUCUAUCCCUCUGGUUCCCCGGAUAUUUCCCCUGAUAUCUCAGGACUGCUCUUGAUCUGAUCUUGCCUCUGUUGGCGGAGAGGGGAAUAGCAGUUUUCGUGGCGAGAUCUCCGAGGCUGCGGUUCCUGCGUCCAUUUGCGUGCCCCAGUAGCUUUCGGAAGCAUCUAAUCUCGACUAGUGGUGGGAAGUUGCCGUCUCUGCGCCGUUUAUCGCAGCCAGGCUUGCACCGAGCGUAUUCGGUGGGUGGCUAGCCGGUGAGCUCUGUGUCGCUGCCCAUUGCAUGAAUGGACGGGAGGGAGUCCGCGGCGGCGUCAGGGGCGAACUUCUCGCCCUUCUAUGUGCGGCCCUGGGGCAUGGGUGCCGCGAGAGCUGCUGCUGGGAACCCGGACGGCCUCCACGGUCCGCCCCCCGUUGGAUACCGGCAGCACCUUGAUGCCGUCUCUGCGGGGUACUCUUUCCAGCAGCCGCACUUUGGGGGUUCCCACAUCGGGCAAGAGUAUCACCAUGACCAUGUUGAGGGCUCGCCCCACGUCGUGCAGCACACCGCUGGUAUGGACAUUGUGGCUGUAGGGGUUGAUGCUAAAGGAGGGGAUCAGGGGAGUGUGGAAGGCCAGGAUGAGCAAGUGAAGAAGAAGCGUGGAAGGCCAAGGAAGUAUAAGCCUGAUAGGGCAGUGACGCUUGGGCUGUCGCCCUCUCCAUCCACACCCCAUUCAUCGAGCUCAGGAAUGGGUGCAAUGGUUACUACACCAGGUGCUGGGUUUGGCUCGGGGACGGGAUCAGGGGGUUCAGGUUCAGGUGCCCUGACGGAGAAACGUGGCAGAGGGCGGCCACCUGGGUCUGGGAAGAUGCAGCAGUUGGCUUCGCUUGGAACAUGGUUUCUUGGCUCAGUUGGAACAGGGUUUACUCCGCAUGUGAUUAUUAUUUCAGCAGGAGAGGACGUUGCUGCCAGGAUAAUGUCCUUCUCACAACAAGGCCCAAGAGCUAUUUGCAUCAUUUCAGCAACAGGAGCUGUCUCCACGGCAACCCUUUAUCAGGAUUCAGACUCUGGUGCAGUGACAUACGAGGGUCGAUUUGAAAUCCUGUGUCUUUCUGGAUCAUAUUUGGUGUUAGAUGAAGGGGGUACGCGCAAACGAAGCGGAGGACUCUGCAUAGCUUUGUGUGGUCCUGACCACAGGGUUAUUGGUGGGAGUGUUAGUGGAGUCCUGACAGCGGCUGGAACUGUUCAGGUGAUAGUGGGAAGCUUCAUGUAUGGUGGCGGAUCAAAAAAAAGCAAAGCCAAAGCCGAGCAAGACAUGGAGAAUGAAGAGAAGAAUGGUGGCGCGGAAGACACUCCCACAAUGGCACUGACAGAGCACAACAUGCCGCCUCACCCGAUGAGCGGAUGGCCAGGCCUGAUGAAUCAGAUGGAUUCAAGUUCCCCGAUGUAUGGUGGGUCAAAGAAGAACAAAGGCAAAGCUGAGCAAGACAUGGAGAAUGAAGAGCAUAAUGUUGGUGGCGAAAAGACCCCCGCAGUGGCACUCCCCGAGCAGCACAACAUGAACAUGCCGCCACACCCGAUGAGUGGAUGGCCCCCAGGCUUGAUGAGGCAGACGGACUCGAGAUCUUCCAAUAUCGACAUCAACUCGAUCCGAGAGUAGAUCAAAUCCCGUGUGAUUGCCAUAUUAGAAACCAUGCAUAUCAAUCAUAUUAUGAUCGUGUACUGUGAUGUUGUAUUAUAAUAUGAUGGAUCCUACCUAUUUAUAUAGAGAAAAAGAACUCAUGAGUAUCGAGUUGGUGCCCGAGUGCUCUCCA